CUCACAAUAUUCCAUGCAAGCCAACAAAUAUAGCCACAAUCAUGUCAUUUUCUUCAUCAUCAAUGGCUGUUGCCAGAAUAAUAUUCAUGGUCGUAAUUGCAGUGCUUGUUAUGGUUUUGCAUGGGAGUACUGAAACCUUGGGUACUGCCGACCUUCCCGAUCUAGUUCUUGACUAUUACAAGCAAACUUGUCCCUCAGUUGAACAGAUUGUGAGACGCAAUGUUGAGAUUGCUGUGUUUAAAGAUCCUCGAAUGGCUGCCUCUCUCCUCCGCUUACAUUUCCAUGAUUGUUUUGUCAUGGGGUGCGAGGCUUCGGUUCUUCUGGAAAGCCAAGGGAGCAUGGUUAGUGAAAAGCAAGCAGGACCUAACCUCAACUCCCUACGUGGAUUUGAGGUCAUUGAUGAGAUCAAAUAUGUUUUGGAAGAGGCUUGUCCCUAUACUGUUUCCUGUGCUGAUAUUCUAGCCCUUGCUGCUCGUGAUGCAGUUUUGUUGAGAGGAGGGCCAGGAUGGAAUGUCUUGCUAGGAAGGAGAGACACCCUGAAAGCAAGCUUUAGUGGUGCCAACCAGUACCUCCCUGCUCCAAAUUCCUCUCUGGAGACUCUCAUUGCUAAUUUUCAAGAUCAAGGCCUCGAUGUGGCAGACUUGGUUGCUUUAUCAGGUAGCCACACGAUAGGAAGGGCAAAGUGUUUGAGCUUCAGACAGAGGGUAUACGAUGUGAGCACUGAACAUGAUUAUGAUCGUUACAAGAGACACACAACUUUUAGAAGAAUCCUACGGUCCAUAUGCCCAGAAUCAGGAAGAGACAACGAGUUUGCGCCGCUUGAUUUUAUGACUCCGGCCAGAUUUGACAAUCACUACUAUCUUAAUAUUCUCGAGGGAGAAGGUUUGUUAGAAUCUGACAAUGUGUUGGCAGCAGAAGACGAUGAGGGGGAAAUAAGAAGGCAAGUGUGGGCUUUUGCCUCUAAUCAAAAGCUUUUUUUCGAAUCAUUUGUGAAAUCUGUGGUAAAGAUGGGGAACAUUAAUGUACUCACUGGAAAUGAAGGAGAAAUCAGAAGGAAUUGUAGGUUUGUCAACUCCUAGCUGCUGGAUCGGGGCCAGCACUAAAGCUUGCGACAACCAUGCUCGGGAGCCGAGCUCCUAGGAGAUCUAAUCAAUUUCAUCGGUGCCCAAAACCUAGGUGAGGUUGGGGCAGGGUGAGCGCUUCAGCUUCUGGCGGCCAUGCUUGGGAGGUGAGCUUCCGCAUGAUCCAAUCAAUUCCAUCAUUGCUCAGACCCUCGACUGGAUCGAUCAGGUUAACCCACAUCGGAGCUCGUGCUCCCAAUCAGGGUUAAACAAAUCGACUGGAUCAUGUGGGAGCUCCCAAUCAUGGAAAGCCUACCCCUGGUCACCAAAAGUGACCCCUAAUGAAAUUGGCUUAAUCAUGUUGGAGCUCAGCACCCAAGUAGGUCAAGCAUAGAGGAAUAGUUUGGUUCAAUUCUUUAAUCCCGAGGGAAACAAACAAAGACUACCUAAAGCUCAGGGUCCCAACAACUACUGAGGGAAACACACAACUAGUAUCCAUGUGAUGUGGUCAAUUUCAUUAGUGGUUGAACCCCAAGGAAAAACAAGUUCUUGAACCUCAAGGUAAGCAACGCAAGUUUGAGUGCUGGAGUGAGCAAAGUAAGGUCAUGGACGUUCUUGCAAGGUAGCGAGCAAUGUUGGUUUUCUUUUUCUUUUUCUCUCUCUCUCUUUUUUUUUUUUUUUUUUUUUUUUUUUUUUUAAAUUCAUUUCAUUGAAGCUGAUUUCAUUUUAUUUUUGCUUGUCUGAAGUGCAUCUUUUGAUUUUCGAAUUUAUUGUGUUCGAUUUGUAUUGAUGGACUGGGUGGUAGCUUGGUUGUGUGAUUUGCAGAUGAUUGAAAAAUUAGAUCUUUUUUUUUUACAUGUUCAAUAUUUUGGUUGUCUUGUUUUGCAUAUUUGUUCGAUUUGGAUCUCUGUCUGGGUGGGAUCUCCUCCAAGUUGUUGGAAGCAAGAGCUUGCACAUUCUCAACAGGCAGACUCUGCCAACCACCUCACUGAUCUCCAUGUUUAGGAGGCUAAUAUUGACUUCUCUGAUAUAGAUACAGUUUGAUGAUCUGUUUGAGCAGAGGGAGACAAAGAGAGAAAGAGCGAGAGCUACCAUGUUCCAACCAUGUAUAAGUAACAGGAUGACAUCCUUUACAUUUGGACUGUAUAUGCAUCAAAAUCAAGGAAAUUCAAUGGCUAUUGAUGGCGAUAGAUACUUUCUUUU